UUGUGAUCUUCCCAACACCUCAGACUACUCAACAGCAUGGCAGCCAGAGCACGACAGCUUCUCGUCGAAGUGUACUCGGCUUUCCUACAGGCGGACAAGGCCGCCUCGCUCUCCACUCAAGCCCUGCCCGCCCUCGCUACCUCGCUGGCAGAGGCCACGAGCAAGUCCAAGGACAUCUUCGGCCCCGACGAUGCGAGCAAGAAGGACGUCGAGUCGUGGCUGAGCAAGAUUGACGCUGAGCAGACCAUCGACCUCAAGUCCCUCGACGCGGAGCUCCAAUCGCGCACCUACCUCGCGAACACUACCUCCCCCACUGCAGCAGACAUUGCCCUUCUCGGCACCCUCUACCCCUCCGUCUCCACCCUCGCCCCCGCAGACCAGUACGCCCACCCAAGCGUAGCGCGAUACGUCUCCCACCUCUCCCAUACCUUCGCCUCGGCAACAUCGAGCGUCAAGGCGUGGGACCCGGCCUACGAGGGGAUGCCGCCUGUUGAGCGAAAGGACUUGGCUGCGGAGAAGAAGGAAAAGAGCAAGGCAAAGGCAAAGGCUGCUGACGAGGCCGCUGGUGAUGCCAAGGCACAAGGGAAGGGAGAUGUAGCAGCUAGCUCUGCAAUUGCAGCAGCGGCAGGAGCGGGAGCUGCUGCUGAGGGCUCAGAUGCAGCAGCAGUCAAAGCGGCAGCAAAGAAGGAGAAGAAGGAGAAGAAGCAAAAGGAGGCUGCUGCGGGCGGUGAGAAGAAGGAGAAGCCUCCAAAGGGCGGAGCAGCUGCGGCUGAGUCGUCUGCGCCCAUCCCAUCUAUGGUUGACUUGCGAGUGGGGAAAAUUGUGGACAUUCAGAAGCACCCGGAUGCGGACUCGCUGUACCUCGAGCAGGUCGACUUUGGCGAGCCCACCGGGCCCCGCACCGUCCUCUCUGGUCUGGUCAACUUCGUACCCAUCGAAGCAAUGAAGGACCGCAUGGUCGUGGGCAUUUGCAAUCUCAAGCCAGUAGCCAUGCGUGGCAUCAAGUCGCACGCCAUGCUUCUUUGUGCGACAGCAAAGGAGGGCAAAGACGGCGGUGUUGAGCCAAUUUACCCGCCUGAAGGGUCAGAGGUGGGCGAAAAAAUUGAAGUCGAGGGGUACGAGGGGAAGGAACCGUUGGACGUCUUGAACCCCAAGAAGAAGAUCUUCGAAGCCAUUCAGCCCGACUACGCGACGACGGAGAGCAAGGAGGCUGCUUGGGUUGGUGCCGAUGCUGAGGGAAACGACAAGAGGGCGAGAUUGCUGCGCACCAAGAAGGGCGCAUGCUAUGCUGCGAACUUCGCGGGUGCCACGCUGUCAUAGAAGAAGAGAAAAGAGUAUGAGAAGGGGCGGGGGACGCUGGAAGACAAGCAGCUCGCCGGCUAAGUCCGCACGUAACGAUGAUACAUUGCGGCAUGAUCGCUUUUUCUCUGCAUGCGUGAGUUUCGUUG